AUGAGAAAGCCCGUCUUUCGUGGCCCCCCUUCUUCCAGUCCAUCCCACCAGAUGUCCUCGGCCACCAGAAGUAAAACCACUUCCGACUUUGCUCAUCUCUUCGAGCUCUUCGAUCAACUCGCAUCGCGUCGCCGCCGCCGAAACUCGUCCAUAGUAGAUGAUGGAGUCGACGUCCGUUCUAUCCCCGUUCCAAAAGACCUCGAGCCAGUGUUUCGAAGCCUUGUUUCCCUCGUUGGAACACGCCACCACCAAAUGUGCAGUAUUGGCGGGGACGGCCGACAGAGUUCCAUGCGAAGGAAGACGGUGUCUGGAGCAUCGACUACUGGCAACAAAAUUGGUGAUUCAGAUCUGGAACCUCCGGAAGAUGGUUGUAACAUGCGUACGACAGCCAGGUCCCAAUUCCCAUUAGACGGCGGGGAAUACCCUUUCACGUUCAAGAUGAUGCUUCACAAAUUGUACGAGUUGGAAGAGUGGGGGAAGAAAGUUAAAGAUGUUUUAGAGAGGUCCCAGAGCGAGUAUAAAUCCCUCACGUUGCAGGAACGUGAUAUUGGCGAUGGCAGUGAUAGCAGGAAGGGGAAAAGUAAGAGUCACCGUGACGGCGUCGCUGGGAGUGUUACUACUAGACGAGGCCCUCGCAUCGAAUUCGCCCAGAAUGUCGCCACCCCAUCACAAAGGAGAACAGUAGCACUGCCAACAGCACCAGCAACAAUGAAAGUGUUGGGUCGACCUCGUAGUCACACAGUUGCAGGUACGAAUGUGAGGGCUGGCGUUACUCGAGGCACGGAGCCACCCCAUUGGGUGAUGGCAGCAACGCGUGUCGCGCCACCACCACCACCACCACCACCACCAGCGCCGCAGGAAGAAGGUCUGAAAGCAGUAAAGAAGCGAUGCAUUGGGAGACGAAAGAGCUUGGGAGGAAAGAGGGAUUGGGUUUACGACGCUGCAGUUGCUUCACGGGCUCAGCUGGACGAGGGUCGUCGCAUUCCUUCAGUAGGGUCUCAGUCGUCUUUGAACCCGGACAUGAACAAGAACGACGGAAUUCCAAACCCGGAGGGAGGUCGAUUAAUUAUUGUGAGGCGCAGAGUUAUUUCGGUCGCUACUGCUAGCCCAUGGCGCUCGUCAGAACUGGCCUAA